ACUCUUAUUCUAUCUUUCCUGUUACGUCACUUCCUGGCCCUUUCUCUUUCCUUUCCGUGUCGGCCAUUUGUGUUAAUCGACUGAGCUGAUUGACAGUCAUCAAAUAAAGUCAAGAUGCAGAACGACGCUGGUGAAUUCGUGGACCUGUACGUCCCCCGUAAAUGCUCUGCUAGCAACAGAAUCAUUGGUGCCAAGGACCAUGCCUCCAUCCAAAUCAACAUUGCUGAGGUGGAUAGGGCAACAGGCAGAUUCAAUGGGCAGUUCAAGACUUACGCCAUCUGUGGUGCCAUCCGUAGAAUGGGUGAAGCUGAUGACUCCCUCCUGAGGCUCGCAAAGAACGACAGCAUUGUGGCAAAGUAAGCUCCUGAACAUCUAAAUUUAAGGAUGGACUCUGGAAGUUUCUUUGUAAAAUAAAAAAUUAAAAUUGGA